AUGGCCACAGCCCACGAUCGCAAGGUUCUAAACCGCAUUCUCAAUCCGUUGAUGCCGGAUACCGAUCCGGAAGAGGAAAAACAACUCGAGGACAAACCAAUAAACCACGCUGGGAUCGAGGAAAGUCGAGAAUUAGAAAGACAGGCGAUCAAAAUGGCCGAGACCGGCCGAAUCGAUGACGCCAUGAAAUUGUUUGAUAGGGCUGUCGAGGUUUGCCGAAUAAAUCCAUCGGCCUAUAAUAAUCGAGCGCAGGCGCGGAGGAUGAAUAAUGAUACGGAAGGCGCCCUCCUCGACCUGGAUGAGGCGAUCAAAUUGAGUGGCGGCCAAGGGAAAUCAGCCUGUCAAGCCCUGACACAGAGGGCAUUGAUCAAGAGGCUCAAGGGGGAUGAUGACGGAGCACGAGCGGACUACGAGCAAGCCUCCUCCCUUGGCUCAUCAUUCGCUAAAAUGCAACUCGUAGCCCUGAAUCCCUAUGCGGCAAUGUGCAAUAAGAUGUUGGCCGAGGUGAUGGGGAAUAUGAGACAACCCAAGUGUGAA